AUGCCCACCACUACGCGAGCUGCCGCGAAGGCCACUGCUGGGGGAUCCCAGGACAUUUGCGAGAGAUGCAAAACUCCUCAUCACGUAGCAGAAAUGGUAGCCUGUGACCAAUGUCGACGUUGGUACCAUCGUGCGUGUGCGGAGGUGGCGGAGAGCUUCAACGGUAAGUGGACAUGCAAGGAUUGUACUUCCAUAGUGACCAUCAGUGGAGCCUCGAUUUCGGGAAGAACCAGUAGCACAUCUCGGUCAACAAGGGUUCAGCUACAACUCAUGCGACUGGAGGAGGAGAAAAGGGCCCAGGAGAAGCUGAUCCAAGAACAGCAGGAGCAGGAUCGUAUCCUGCAGGAGAAGGCUCGGGCCGCGAAAGCUGCAUUAGACAAAAGGUAUCUCGAUGAGAAGUAUGCCCUGCUUCUAGCUGAUGCCGAAGAUGACGAUGCUGGAAGCCACAGGAGUCGUCGAAGCCGUUCGAGUAGGAACAGUCAGGUGAGAGAGUGGGUCCAAGGACUGGAUGAAGCUGCCGGAGGUAAUCCAGUUCCACAACACGUAGAAGACAUCUUCCCGCCGUUUACGAUUGGCAGUGAGGUCAACGUACCCGUCGGUGGAAUGCUCGCAAAAUAUACAGGAGCAGUUCGCAAACUUACACCAAAUCCAUCGGUAGUUGGGACAAGCGGGGGAAAUCAGCAGCACUCGUCCAGACCUGCAAGCGACUGGCUUGCCGACAACGUUGGUACUGAGGGCAUGAGUACCACAGCCGGUAUGAAGAACCCGAUUACAGCGUCCACUCCUAUUCGAAUGGAGUGUGUAGGUAGGCAACCGACGGCACGAAGCAUGGUACAAACGCAAUCAUCGUUGUAUGUGCAGCCAGUGGUAACACAACCAGUGUAUACACAAUCGGUGUUUGCCCAACCAAUGCAACCUCCACCCAUUCGGCCGAAGCUCGUCCCACGACCACCAUUACCAACGUUCUUGUUCCAAGAACCGAUUUCAAGGCCAUCAGCUGAUAACGUACGUUCGUCGCUCCCGCCGAUAAGUGAGUCACCGCUGCUACAGUCUAGGGUCGGACAAUGUACACAGUUGCCUUCAUCGAACUCUGUCCCACAACAGCUACAUGCUUCUCGAACUUUGGUACCGCCACCGUCACAGCCUUCGCAGGUAGUGCAGUCGUCGAUUGAUGCUUCCAUCCAGUUAGCAGAGCAGAUAUCGAGCAUGCAACUACCACCAACGACACGGGCGUCGUUCUCUCAGCUGUCGUCUCGGCAGCCACACACACUUGCGUCGGCGAUGUGUGAUGAGCUAGUGGAACAAUCGCAGCCCCCAUCUGUGUUACGAGAAUCAAUUUCGUACACCCCGCAACCACAGUAUCCAUCCGCUCCGGAGAGAUUGGCAUCACAAUCACCGGAGCAUCAGACGUCGUCGCCAGUACCGCUACAACAACAGAGCGAGCCAUACGCUGCACAGCUGCGGCAGAUGCAGGUUCAACAAUCGAUGUGGGGACAAUUCCAGCAGCAGUUGUCGGCUAGGCAAGUGGUGCCGAAGGAUCUUCCGAUGUUUACUGGCUGCCCCGAAGAAUGGCCACUUUUUAUUAGCAGCUUCUGUAAUUCCACAACGAUGUGUGGAUAUUCUCAAGCCGAGAAUUUAAUGAGACUGCAGAAAUGCCUUAAGGGCAGAGCAUUGGAGGCCGUUCGGAGUAACCUGUUGCUGCCAUCUUCGGUCCCGAAAGUGAUGGAAACUCUUGAGACUUUGUUCGGGAGCCCAGAGCGACUAGUCCAGUCGCUGCUCAACAAAGUGCGCAGCGUUCCUACUCCAAAGGCUGAAAGGCUCGAGAGCCUGGUAAAUUUCGGCUUGGUCGUGCAAAACCUUGUCGGGCACUUAAAGGCUGCCAACCAGCAAGCCCAUCUGUCCAAUCCAACUCUACUACAGGAGCUGGUGGAUAAGUUGCCACCACACCUUCGACUGGACUGGGCAUUAUACAAAAGAAGCACUGGUGUCGUCGACUUAGGAACGUUCUGCGACUACAUGAGUGCCAUCACGUCAGCAGCGAGUGAUGUGGCCCACUUCACCGAUUUUGACGGAUCUCGCGGUGUUGGAAACGAGAAACCGAGGAAGGAAAAGGCCUACAUCAACGCUCAUGUUUCUGCCGAACCAAGGAGAAUAGAGCAGCAUGGAAAGAAGGUGGAUACCCAAGAGAGGCCGUGCUAUGUCUGCCAGAGCGUGAAACAUCGAAUAAGGGAUUGCAACAAGUUUAAGUCCAUGUCGUUCGGGGAUCGCAUGAAGGCGGUGGAAACUCAUCAACUUUGCUUGGUUUGCCUGGUGCCGCAUGGAAAAUGGUCUUGCAAAUCAACACGUACCUGUGGCAUAGGAGACUGCGCCAAAAAACAUCAUCCAGCAUUACACCCAAGCCAACAAUCGGCGGCCAAACCAACGACUUCCGACUGUUCUGGAGCACGGUCGAAAUCCGAUGCCAUCGUGAAUGUCCAUCGUUGGAACCACCACACUACGAUAUUCCGUGUAGUACCGGUGGUAUUGCACGGAAAAGAAGUCAAAAUAUCCACCUUUGCCUUCCUCGACGAAGGUUCAUCGUCUACAUUGAUUGACCAGGAGUUAGCCGAUAUGUUGAACCUUGAAGGUAAACGGCAACCGCUGUGUUUGACAUGGACUUCGAAGGUUUCACGUCAUGAAGCAGAUUCCCGAAUGGUUUCACUGAGGAUUUCAGGGAAUGAAGACAGCGAAAGCUUCCCUCUGGUGGAUGUCAGCACUGUGAGACAGCUGGAUCUUCCGGUGCAGACAUUACAGUACGAUAAAUUGUCACGUCGGUACAAGUAUUUGGCCGGACUUCCGGUUAAAAGUUACGAGGCCGCUAUUCCGAGAAUCCUGAUAGGGUUGGACAACACAAAGCUGUCGUUGCCCAUCAAGAUACGAGAAGGGCAGCACGGCGGACCAGUGGCAGCGAAAACUAGGUUGGGAUGGACUGUCUUCGGAAGCACUGACGGCACUAAGGUGGACUUUCGGUCCCCAGUAUUGCACAUCUGCAAAAGCACGGAGGAAACCGACCUACACGACCUGGUGAAAGGCUACUUCGCAAUGGAGAAUCUUGGCGUUUCCAUAGCCGAAGGACCAGAAGCAGCAGCAGAUCGACGAGCGAAGGACAUUCUACGGCGAACAACGAUCAAGCGUGCCGACGGGCACUAUGAAACCGGAUUACUGUGGCGGUACGAUUUAGUGGAAUUACCAUCGAGCUACGGUAUGGCCGAACGUCGUUUGCUUUGCCUGGAGCGGAAGCUGAGAUCUAAUCCAGAACUGAAAGAGAGCUUGGAAAGGCAAAUUUCCGAGUACCAGGUUAAAGGCUAUGCUCACAAAGCAACACCCCAGGAGUUGGCAAAUAGUGAUCCGCACCGUACAUGGUAUCUUCCACUAGGAGUGGUAACGAACCCACGCAAGCCAGGGAAAGUGCGUAUUAUCUGGGACGCGGCCGCCAAGGCGAAUGGUGUGUCUCUUAAUGAUGUUCUGCUGAAGGGCCCAGACCUUCUUACGUCGUUGCCAGGGGUAUUGUGCCGUUUUCGUCAGCGAGAGGUGGCGAUUGCAGGUGACAUUCGCGAAAUGUAUCACCAGUUGAAGAUACGAAAGGAGGACUGCCAGGCACAGCGCUUUCUCUACCGGAGCGACCCGUCUCAGAAACCAGACGUUUUUGUGAUGGAUGUGGCGACCUUCGGUUCGACUUGUUCGCCCUGCUCGGCGAACUUCGUAAAAAACAAAAACGCACUAGAGUGGAAGACAGAACAUCCAGAAGCGUCAGCGGCGGUGAUAGAGAACCACUAUGUAGACGAUUACCUGGACAGCCGCGAUACGGAGCAGGACAUGGCAAACUUGGCGUCAGACGUACGGAAGAUUCAGGCAGAGGCUGGGUUCGAGCUACGAAACUGGCGGUCGAAUUCCAAAAAAGUGUUGCAGUCUCUUGGAGAAGAUGCAGCGAUCCAAAUGAAGGAAUUUAGAGUCGACAAGGAAAGUCAGGUGGAACGCGUUCUUGGAAUGGCGUGGUUACCAGAUGUAGAUAUGUUUGUGUACUUCGUCAAGAUGCCGGACGACAUUGAGCGCUCGGAUUCUACAAAGGUCGCUACGAAGCGUAGUAUUCUAAGGUUCGUCAUGAGCGUGUUCGACCCGCUUGGGUUGAUUUCGAACCUGCUCGUCCACGGUAAGGUGAUCAUUCAAGAUUUGUGGAGAGCUAAAGUGGGAUGGGACGACACUAUCCCAGCGGAAAUACAGCACAACUGGUUGCGGUGGAUCGAACAUCUAUCCAAAUUGGAGAAACUUCAGAUUCCACGAUGCUACUUUUCCGGCUACGAUCCGGAUAGUCUUCAUUCAUUGCAGCUCCAUAUUUUUGUAGAUGCAAGUGAGAGUGCCUUCGCUUGCGCUGCUUAUUUUCGUAUCGUCGAUCGUGAUCUGCCGAGAUGCGCUUUGGUAGCAUCAAAGACCAAGGUGGCUCCGCUGAAGCCGCUGUCAAUCCCACGAUUGGAGUUGCAGGCAGCAGUUAUUGGAAGCCGAAUAGCAAAGUCCGUCGCAGAGUAUCACACGCUGUCUGUAAGUCGCAGAUUUUUCUGGAGCGACUCCAAAACAGUUCUUUCCUGGAUCGGAUCAGACGCUCGGAAGUAUCGCCAGUACGUAGCAGUACGUAUUGGUGAAAUCCUGGAAGAAACUCAGCCUGAUGAGUGGCACUGGGUGCCCACAAAACACAACGUUGCGGAUGAAGCCACCAAAUGGGGGAAAGGUCCAACGUUUCAUCCGGACAGUCGAUGGUUCACGGGACCGGACUUUCUCUUCCAGCCGGAGGAUAAGUGGCCACAGCAACAGAUACCAGUAGCCGAUACGGAAGAAGAACUACGAGUUGUACAUGUGCAUCGUGCAAAGAUAAUCGAGCCGUUCAUCGAUUGCGACCGGUUCUCCAAAUGGGAACGAAUCCUCCGUGCCACAGCGUAUGUGUAUUCGUUCAUUGGUCGAUACCGAGAUUUCGGUAAGCAAGGGGUUUCGCGAGCCAAACGUGAGUUGACGCAGGAAGAUAUGCAGCGAGCAGAGAAAGCUUUGUGGCGGCUUGCUCAAGCCGACGCCUACGCCGAAGAAAUAACCAUCUUGCAGAAAGAAUCAGACGGACACCGUCCGUUAAAACUCGACAGAAGCAGCUCAAUUCGUCAACUGUCUCCGUUUUUGGAUGAGUUCGGGGUGAUUCGUAUGGCAGGUCGAACUGAAGCUUCACCGCUGGCAAGUUACGAUGCAAAGUUCCCAGUAAUCUUGCCGAAACAACAUCGUGUGACUGAACUUCUGAUCGACUGGUACCACAGACGAUUCGGCCACCACAGCAACGAAACUGUAGUCAACGAAAUUCGUCAGCGUUAUCACAUUUCCACUCUACGGAUAGUGGUACGCAAAGUUACAAAGAAGUGUCAGUGGUGCACAGUGAACAAGGCGCUUCCUGUAGUCCCCAGGAUGGCUCCUCUACCAGAAGCACGUGUUACUCCGUUCGUGCGUCCAUUUUCAAUGGUCGGCAUCGAUUAUUUUGGACCAUAUAUUAUUAAAAUUGGCCGAAGUCACGUGAAGCGUUGGGUGGCACUCUUCACUUGCUUAGUUGUUAGAGCAGUACAUCUAGAAGUAGCGGCGUCACUCUCCACCGAAUCUUGCAAGUUAGCUCUUCGUCGCUUCAUCGCUCGUCGCGGGGCACCAUUGCAAAUCUACUCCGACCACGGAACAAAUUUUGUCGGUGCCAGUCGCGAAUUGGCUAAUCAAGUGGCAUCUUUGAACCGAGAGUUAGCGGAAACCUUCACGGAUAUCAACACUCGUUGGCUGUUCAUUCCACCAUCUUCCCCGCACAUGGGCGGUGCGUGGGAAAGAAUGGUCAGAGCAGUUAAGACAGCAAUGGAAUCCAUCAACCACUCUCGCGCGCCGUCCGAAGAAGUGUUCCAGACAAUACUUUGUGAAGCAGAGUCAAUGGUCAACUCAAGACCCUUGAUGUACAUUCCGCUGGAGACUUCGGACAAGGAGGCAUUGACUCCGAAUCAUUUUAUUCUUCUCAGCUCUAACGGAGUCAAGCAGCCGGAGAAAAUUUCGACUACAGAAGGUGAAUCACUUCGCACCGGUUGGAACUUGUGUCGAUACGUCCUGGACCAGUUCUGGGUAAGGUGGAUCCGGGAAUAUCUACCGGUCUUAACACGGCGCACCAAAUGGCACGAUGAAGCCAAGCCUAUUCGAGAAGGAGAUCUAGUAUUCGUAGUCGGAGAGCCGACUCGGAACCGAUGGCCUCGUGGUAAGGUCGUUAAAGUUAUACCGGGUAAGGAUGGCCGCAUCAGGCAAGCAGACGUUCAGACGAGUUCAGGAAUUCUACGCCGUCCAGUGGUUAAACUAGCGGUGCUCAACAUACUACCAGAAGGUAAUUCUGCUGCACCGGAGCAGCAUUACGGGGAGGAGGAUGUAGCAGGAGGCGUUACACCCGUUGGAGUCGCUGCGAAAAAGCUCAAUAGGGAUGUUACAGAACUGACAGAUGUCCCGUCAACUAAUAGCUGUGCUAGUCUUCCCAUCGACCCAAGUGUAUUUGUAGCACAGGCCACCCUUUCCAACUGGAAGGCUGCAUCAUUCCAAUCCAACAACCGCAACCCAUCACCCACCACCAUGGUCGAUCCCGGCAAGGACAACCAAAGCCAUCCAAAACCGGACAACCAAAGCAAGGACAACCAGAUCGCCAUAAAAACUAACAGAGAAAGACAAUUUCGAAUCAAUUCCGUCUCUAAAGAAGACUCAUUCCAUCCGAGGCGACCGAGAAGGAUGCACUGGCAAUCAUCGUGUCCCGACUGGAGAGACGAAAAAUAG